AUGGAAGGUCUUUAUUAGUCAAUUAUAUAACGCUACCUGGAAUGGAUAAGUGAUCAAAAUUAAUUGAAAGUGAUGGAAGUUUGUAUUUGUUGUAGAGUACCAUUGCUAACCAGAAAUGAAAAAUAGUUAUUAUAAAUGCUGCAAGCGCAUAUAAAUAACUAAUUGCAUUCAUCCAGGUCAUCAGAGGAUAUACUCUACCAUAUGAAAAGGUUACAAUUAUGUUUAUUAUUAAAUAGGAUAAACACCCGAUUGCGGUUAGGAUAAAUUAUUUUCUUCUAAAAAUAAUAUUAUUUAUAGCAAAUUCUAUGUAAUAAAUUAUAAAUAUUAUGCCAUGAUAACAAACAUUUACGAACAUCAUCCAAGAGUCAUCUGUAAAUUUAUUUUUGA